UGAAAUCAUCAAGUUUCAUUCACAUGUCCACUUGAUCUCAAAUUAGUAACGUCUUAAUAAAACACUCUUCCAAUUAAAAAAAAAUGAAAUUUUACAAUUUACCAAUUCUCAUCCUGUUAACGUGUUUGGUUUCAUCCGUCGUCGCAAAUUCUGAGGAGGAAGAAGACGAUGAUUGGUUUUCUUUUUCGUCAUCAUCAGAAGAAAACGAAAUAAUUCCAAAUAAUAAAUCUUCCGUUAAAAAACCAGCUCCGAAAAAAGAGAAGCAGUGGAAUCGGGCAGGACUUUGUGAUCACGACGUGAUUACGUCAGUCAUACUGAAACUGAUUUUGGACGCGCAAGAUCGCAUAGCAAAAGGAGACAAUAGCACCGGACUACAACCGCUGGACCCGAUUUAUAUCCCGGAAAUUGUUUUGGAUGGGGAGAAAAUAGGGAGGAGUGGUGGCGGCGACGGUGGAGAAAAUUCUAAUUCCCCGGUCCAAGGAACGAUUGGAGAUGUCUACAUCAAGGACUUAUCAAAAUUUAACGUCACCGGGAUUAAUGCCGACUUGGAAAAAAUGUUUGUCAACUUAUCAAUUGCUUUGGAAUCGAUAACUAUUUCAGGGACUGGACGUCUAAAAGUUGGCCCACUCUACUUCCCGAUCUUUGGCAAGGGCAAAUUCCUCUUUCAACCCGGCGGCGUCGACGCUUUCAUGUUUGCUCAGUUCGGAACGGACGAAAACGGGACCAGAUAUUUGGCCGAUUUCGAUUUCGGAUUAACCCUGAAAAAGCUUCACAUCGAGCUGACCCCUCCCCUGCCACCCCCACCGUUCAGGAGAUUUAAUCCACUGGCUGAUGUCAUGAGUGGCGUAGGGGCUAGAAUUUUUAACAAGUUGGAGCAACGCAUGCACCCCGAUCUGAGGAGAAAAGGAAGUCAAGAGAUUUCAAAAAGGAUGGGGACGUGGAAAAUGCUGAAUGAAGAAAUUUUGGAGAAUAUGAUCAAUCAUUCUGUAUUUUGCUACUUGGGGUGAAGCUUGCAUUUUCAACACAUGCUGGUCUGGUGAUUGGGUAUGACAACGCAUAAGUAAAUGCAUUGUUACAUACAUUGUAAUUUGUUAAAGUAGGUAAGUAUGUACAUAUGCCUACAAUAAAUCAACAAUUGUCUUAAAGCUAAA